AUGCCACCACGCGAGGAUGACGACAGUUUCUCCGAUCCACGCCUUGACUGGCUUAAGGUUCGGCUCCAGGCAUCGCUAAAAAUCAAGGAGGAUAGGUGGCGGAAGCUCAUGGGCGAAGAGUAUGCAAUACAGAUUGCCUUGGCCUUCUUCGAAACAGAUGAUUUCCCCCGGAUCUUCUUUUACGCCAAUUCUCGCGAUGACCUUUGCAUUACUCACCUGGCUCCUCGAUCCUUCAAGAAGAAAGCGAUUUACUUCAUGCGCUCGGCAGCUGCCACGCGCAUCGACAAAACCAAUAUAGGAGAAUUUGUCUUCUACGGAGACCUAACUCCAAACAUUAUUUCCCAUCUGCGAACAUCUUUUGACUAUAUAUACCUUCCUCUGCUUAAGGCACCGAGCUACACAAAGAAUUGGCCGUCUGUCCUCGUCACCGACGUUAUGCGUCACUCUGAUCGCUUUGCGCAAAAGACCUGCACCAUGGAGGGAAAAACCCAGGGGAAGUGCCUCCUUCCCAUGAGCUCCGACAUAGAUAUGAUUUACGAGUUCCUCUGUAAGGCCGAGACGGCGCCCCUCCAGACUGCUGCAUCUCAUGGCAUUUCCUUGGCCCUUCAGCAGCGCGUGCAUGAGCUCGAUGUUGUAGAGGAGCCGAAGAAAAUUGUAAAGCACGACGCGGUGGCCAUCUUUUCGCGGCUAUCCAAGGACCAGAAGGACAAGCUUCACGAUCUUGAGUCUAUGAUUCUGGAUUGGGUGCGGCAAAUCCGCACUGUUCUGUCGUCUUCCCCUGACGAUAUACUAACAGCAAAGAGUCAGCAUCACCUUCCCAACGUGGAAGUAGACUUUUGGAACCAGAAAGCUGAGAAUCUUCGUGCCAUCCUGGAGCAGCUCCAAGGUCCUCGGGCCAUGAAGGCGCUCAACAUACUCCGCAUGACCGAGUCCUCUUACUUUACGGCCCUCACACAAAUCGAACGCGAUGUAAUUGCCCAGUUGGCGGAGGUUUCCUGUAAUGCAAGCUUCCUUCUUCCUCUUAAGCCUCUUUUUGGCGCACUCAGUGAGCAAAUGGACCCCGUAGAAACGGUGGGCUAUCUGCAGGGGAUCUUCAAGGCUCUCGAGCUUGUCUGGAUGCAUGCUCCGUUCUAUAAAGAGCAGGCAAGGUUUGUUUUUCUAUUCCGCAGCCUCUGCAACGCCAUGAUUGCCCAAAUAAAGACACUGAUUGACUACGAGAACAUUCUCAAGGCAGAUCCUAACGACGGGAUCCUAUCGCUGGAGGCGGCGAUGCGCCUUUCAGAAGACUUCCUGAACAUAUAUAAGAGGACCUAUGAUAUUGUAGCAACGCGUGUGAACGGCUUGAAUAGUGCAGGCCACAGCCCUGUCCAAGACGAUGCAAAGCGUGCUGAGGUCUUGGCGAGGCUAAUCGAGCAGCAAAAGGGAGAGAUAGAGGCUGCUCGUUUCAAGCAGCAGAAAGAAGAAGAGGAGGCAGCAGCAGCACCGGAAGGCGACACGGGCACUGACGCUGAAGAUGCACCGGGAGUUGAUGUCAAGAAGGAGACCGAGAAAGCUGCCUCAAGCGAACCAGCCAAGGACGCUAAGGUGCAACAAGGACAGCCCUCUAGCCGAGAGCAAUACGAGUACAACAAGGGAUACUGGCCGGAAACAAAUCAGAUCUUCCGUCGCCUAGAAGCCUUUCUUGAGCGCAUCAAGGAGCUCCACCGUCUCCUCACGAUCAUCACGUCUCUUCACAGACUGGAGAGACUGGAGAUAGGCGGGGACCAAGGGGCCCAGUUGUCCAGUCAGAUCAAUCAGAUAUACACCAUGUUCCUCAACAAGAUCACUAUCUUUCAGGAUAGCACAUACGACCCCACAGACCUCGAUCCGGAUAACCGCUUUGAAACAGACUUUGGAAAGUUCAUGAUGCACUACGCGUCGUGGGAGAAGCGUCUCCAGGCCAUCAUGGAUGCUGGCUUCGAGACCUGCUCGUCUUUAGAGGGCAAGCUGAGUUUGAUUGAUAGCUUCUCAGGCAUCCUACCUGAUCAAGUCAUUCGCUUGAUUGUGGACAGGAAGUUUGGCCAUCUCUUGGAAGAGUUCUCUAUUGAAAUACAGAAUGUCUAUACCUUAUUUGAGGCUGAGUCUGAAAAUCCGGCUAUCCCUGAAGGCAUGCCGGCUUUGUCCGGUCGGAUUAUGUGGAGCCGCAUUCUUCUAAACAGAGUCAGGGUUCCAUUUACACGGUUUGAGGUGCUCAACGAUGCUCUGAUUCAACUGCGUACAAGUAGUGGAGGGAAGGAGGACACGCGCUUCUCGCUGAUAGCCGAAAAGUACCGCCAAUUCCAGAACAAGCUCGUCGAAUAUCAGGAUACGAUUCACCGCAACUGGUGCAAUUCGAUUGCAUCUGUCAGCGAUAAGAAGCUAAAGGAAACUCUCCUGGGCCACUCUUCUGCAGAUAACCUUCCGCCCGGCACAAACCCUCUUGACAUACCGUCAACUCUCAUGGUUAACUUUGACCCCACUCUUGACUCUUUGUUGAAGGAGUGCAAGUAUUUCAAGAUGCUUGGACUAGAUAUUCCCAAAAGCUCGGAAAAGAUCUAUGACAGGGCAGAGUUGUUCAGGGAGUACCGUACAAGCUUGGAUGCAAUUGUCAACAAGUACAACUAUUGUCAAAGGGAGCUUUACACGGUGGAGCGACCCAUGUUCUAUCGCGAUCUUGAGGCCAUCGAGGAAAUCCUCAAGCAUGGAUAUGAGGCUUUUACGUGGGACAAUGACGAAACGAAGGUAAAGAAGUUCAUUUCGGAGGCGACACAGGCGAUGAAGAAACUCUAUGACAAGGUCGUAAAUCUCAAGGAGAACCAGGGCAAGAUUGAGCAACUACUCCGUGACUGGGCUAGUGUGUCACUUCUGGAAAAGCCUCUCAAGGGCACGCUUCCGAUCAACGCCUGUCUGGAACAGAUAGAGACGCGCGCAAAGACCGUCGUUGGCGGCGAAAGCGUGCGCAUUGCUGAGUGCAUUGCAGAUAGCAAGUACGUCGUUUUUGGUCUCAAAGACUUUGACAAAGAGCGCGAGGUUGCCAAUGGCCUAGAGGAGGAAGAGGUCACUGCUGCAGAGGGUGAUGACGCCCCGGAUGAUGCCGCGGAGCAGGGAGACGCAGAGCAGCGAGCACUAGAGGCAGAUGCUGCCGCACUUCAAAGGGCUGCUGCAGAAAAGGCCGCCGCAGAAGCAGCGGAGCUUGAGCGUGCAAGGAUGAUGACAAAGGCGAUUGCUAGUAAUCCAGAGCUGCUGAAGCACUGGGAGAAUUACCUUGUCUGGCUCGCUGAGUUUAUUCAGACAGGAAUCCUACAGAUUGUUUUGAGCAACGUGGCUCGUAUUCAGUUCUGGAUGGACGACGCCGAGACGGCAGAGCACAACGACAACUCUACACAGUCGGACAAAAUUAAUGAAAACGCCCUUCCGUUGAUUGAAGUAUCUAUGGUUCUCUAUCCCCCGGAGCUUCUCUUUGAGCCGAUGCUCGCAGCCGCGAGACCCCUGUCGACCAAGGGCGGAGAAUCUCAUGGUGCUGUUUCCAUGCGCACGCAGUCGCUAGAGGCGAUCAUCAUGUCUUGGCUUGAUGCCUUUGUGGGCAUCUCGGCCCUUAUACCCAACCCUACUGCGACGAUCACUGAUGAAGUGUUGGCGUCGGCCUGUGAGUUUCGUGAUUAUGGACUAAACAUUCAGCGCACAAAGGAGUACACAGAUGCUCGAGAGCGACUUCGGGCACGUAUUUCGCGCAGGUGCAAGGUUGCCACCAGCCAGGCGGAAGUCUUAACCAAGUAUAGGGAUAUUUACGUGCAAGACUAUAACACAUAUCUAGUUCGUUAUCUAGAGUAUGGGCCAAACGUUAGCUUUACAGGUGAUGUGGAUGUGGAAUCAGGACCUCAGACGCAGAAGAUUGUCCGCACCAUAAUGAAGAAGCAGCGACAGCAAGCUGAACAGGAAGACGACGGUGACGAGCAAAAGAAGCCCAGGGCCCAAGAUUCUGGAGCCGGAGCGACGUUCGAGACUGUCGAGGUUGAGCUGCCAUACUAUCGUGUUCCUAAUCUCGAUGAUUUCAAUGAUACUAUCAAUCGCUACAAGGCUCUCAGCGAAGAGGUAGGGGCGCAGGUCCCCAUUUCUGCACGCUUUGGCUGGCUUGUCAUCAACCUUAAGCCAGCCAAGCAGACGCUGAUCACCAAUAUCGGGAAGUGGACCAAUAAGUUUACAAAGCAUCUUGUAGAUACAAAUGUCGAAAAGCUCCACAAUCUCAGCAGCUUUAUCACCGAGGCAAACUCCGUUUUGGCAAUUGACGUAGGUGCUGAUGACUACGACAACUUAGUCCAGGCCAUGCGCAUUAUGGCGGGGAUUAAAGAGCGCUCCGAGGCUGCCAUUACGAUGUGGGAGCCCAUGAACAACACAGUCCAAAUGCUUGCGCAGCAUGGUGUCACGAUGCCACCUGAGGCCCUCAAGCUCAUCGAAGAGCUGCCCGAUGAGUGGAAGGCAGUGGUCUCUAAGUCGUAUGGGGCGAAGGAUAAGCUAACCCCGUUGCAGGCAGCGGAGACAGGAAAGACGCUCAAGGUUCUUCAGGACUUCAACGAGGAGCUCAUGGCCUUUCGCGAAGAGUUCCGUCAGAAGGGCCCUUUCAUGUUUUCUGUGGGGUCUGCUAGGGCGUAUGAGCUCUUAGAUGAGUAUAAGCAGCGGGUCAAUACUUACUACACAAGAGGCGCCGUAAUCCACGAACGCCAGAUUCUUUUCAACGUGAAUCUCUCGGCGGGAAACAAGCCAGAGGAGUUUGGAAUGUUAAUAUCCACCGAUAAAGAGCUUCUUCUUCUAAAGAGCGUCUGGGAUGUUGUCGACCUUGUCUUUAGCCAGAUCGAGGCGUGGAAGUCGACCCUGUUCACAGACAUCAAUACAGACUACAUGGAGGAUACAAUUAAGAAGUUCUCGAAGGAGAUCCGUAAUGUGGAUAGGGGCGCCCGUGCCUUCGAUGUCUAUACGGGACUGGACAGCAACGUUAAAAACUUCCUGAAGACUCUUCCACUCGUCAGCUCUCUACGUUCUCCGGCAAUGCGUGAACGCCACUGGCAACAGUUGGCCUCGACAACGGGUGUGUCGAUUAAGAUCGACAGUACAUUCAAGCUAGAGAACCUCAUCUCCUUAAAUCUACACAACUAUGCGGAGGAUGUAGAUAGCAUUGUUGCUAAAGCCGAAAAAGAGCUCCAGAUGGAAACCCAACUUGCAACUCUUGAAAACAACUGGAAGGACCUAUGCUUCCAAUAUAUGAAGUACGGAGAUCCCACACAGGAGAAGCUAACGCCCGAUCAGAUCAAGGAGAUUACUGCAGACAACGCAGCCGGGAAGAAGGAGACUCUUUUCCUGGUCUGUGUCCCAGAUGAGCUUGUGGAGACCCUCGAGGAUAAUCAGUUGAUGGUCCAGAACAUGAUCAACAAUAAGUAUGUUCAAUUCUUCCUCGAAAAGAUCACAGAUUGGCAGCAUGACCUAGCGGCAGUCGACACAAUCAUCACUCUCUGGCUUGGAGUCCAGCAAACAUGGGGAUACCUGGAGCCUAUCUUCAUUGGUUCAGAGGACAUACGGUCUCAGCUUCCCGAGGACUCCAAGCGCUUCGAGGACAUUAAUUAUAAUUGGAAGAAGAUGAUGGAGAAAAUGGUUCACACCUCGCAGGCAAUUCAGGCUAGCAAGACAAAGGGCUUCCAGCGUCAACUCGAGAAUCUUCAAGCAGAACUUGCCAAGUGUGAAAAGGCCCUUGCAGAUUACUUGGACGCUAAGCGCCGCCAGUUCCCGCGGUUCUACUUUGUUUCCUCGACGGAUCUCCUUGAUAUUCUCAGCAAGGGGCAGCAGCCGAAGCUAGUGCAGAAGCAUUUGAGUAAGAUCUUUGACAACAUCCAUAAGCUCAAAUGGACGUCCGAUGACGACGUGACUGACAAGGUGGCGCACGGGAUGAUUUCUGGUGAGAAUGAAUAUGUUCCCUUUUCUGAAGAAUGCCAUUGUGACGGGUCGGUUGAAACGUGGCUCAACAACGUCAUUGUCCACAUGCGUGAAACCCUUCGUGACACGCUUGGGAAGGCGCUAACCAACUUCUUGGACAUGGAUCGUGAGCUUUGGCUUGAGAAGUAUCCUGCUCAGACGGCAUUGGUCUCCCUGCAGAUUUGGUGGUCUUCAGAGGUGAACACUGCCUUUGAGAAGCUUGAGGAGGGAAACGAGAUGGCGAUGAAAGAUUAUGCAAAGCGCCAAAACGACUCGCUUCUACAUCUCAUUGGGAUGAUCCAGGGCGACCUGGACAAGAACCUCCGAACAAAGAUUUCUACCAUCUGUACGAUCGAGGUUCACUCGCGCGACAUCGUUGCAGGCCUCAUCAAGGACAAAGUUGACAGUAACCUCAGUUUUGCGUGGCAGUCGCAGCUCAAGUUGCGGUUCGACGAUACCGUUCAUCACGAUUGCUUUAUCAAUAUAUGUGAUGCUGAAUUCCGCUACUCUCACGAAUACCUGGGCUGCACGGCGCGCCUUGUCAUCACUCCUCUUACCGAUCGUUGCUAUAUCACUCUCACCCAAAGCCUCCACUUGAUCAUGGGUGGCGCACCAGCAGGCCCGGCAGGAACAGGUAAGACAGAGACGACGAAGGAUUUGGGGCGUGGCAUGGGCAUCAUGGUCUAUGUUUUCAAUUGUUCUUCCGAGAUGGACUUCUAUUCUAUGGGGAACAUCUUCAAAGGUCUUGCCCAGUCUGGCGCCUGGGGGUGCUUCGACGAGUUUAACCGGAUCUCUAUCGAGGUCCUCUCUGUUGUCGCCAUGCAGGUUAAGAGCGUCCUGGAUGCUAUUCGUGGCAAGAAGAGUCGGUUUGAUUUCGAGGGCAUAGAGAUCAAUCUUGUUCCCACGUGUGGAUUCUUCAUCACAAUGAACCCAGGCUAUGCAGGCCGUACAGAACUUCCCGACAACUUGAAGGCGCUUUUCCGACCGAUAUCCAUGUGUGUGCCUGACUUUGCGAUGAUCACAGAGAUUAUGCUGGUGUCCAACGGGUUUAUGGAUGCUCGCACACUUGCAAAGAAGUUUACCACACUUUACUCGCUCAACAAGGAGCUUCUCAGCAAGCAGGACCACUACGACUGGGGGCUGCGGGCUAUCAUUGCAGUUUGCCGUACCGCUGGUGGCUUGCGGCGAACAAUGAUCCCCCCAGUCCAGCGCAAGAGAAAGUUCCAGGAGGGAACACAAUGA